CUAUUUUAGUUCAUUAAUUACGUUUCAAUUGGAAUUUAAGUAGGGUCAACCUAUGUUUCCUGUUUGAUUGGUAGAUAGUGAAAGUGCCAUUUUUUGUAAUAAGGAUAAACGAGGAAAAAUAUUUUUGUGGAAGAUUGUGGACCAUUAUUAAAUUGAUAAAAAACUUAAGUUUCUAAAAAAGAGAAAAGAAGAGGGAAAUUAAACACCUUGUUUAAGGAAAAAAGUAAUUUAUUGAUGUUCCAAUUCAAUAAUAAUCCACAUAAGAUAUUUAAUUUUUAUAUUGAUAUAAGUGGAUUAGAUGAGAACUUUUUUGAUAAAAGUAAUAUUGAUACAUAAUAGUAACUGUAGAUUCAAUAGAAGAGACUGAGGAAUCAUUAAAAAAGUAUUAUCAAAGUUGCAUAAUAUUUUUAGAAAUCCAAACUUUCAAAUAGUUUGAGAGAAUUACCAUGA